AUUGCAUUGAACUCAAUACCAUGCUGAUUUGGGAUAUUAUAAAUAUUAACUCUCUUAAAAAGAUUUAGGCAUAUUAAAAAUAUACUCCAUAAACAUUUACAUUUACAAUUAUUUUCUUAUUUAUUUUUACUUAUGUUUUUCAAUAUACAUUUAAUCAAUCAGAUAUACAGUUCAUUAAUAUCAAUCAAUGAAAGUACUUAAAAAUCUAGAAAAUCUUAUAAAAUAUAGUAUAUUUUAACAAUGGAGAAAAUAUAUAACAAUGAAUAAAAAGAUACACAUCAUAUGCUUAGAUUUUUAGUUGUUUCCUUUUCUAAUAAAAGUAUUGUUAUCAUUGGCGAAUCAUACUCAAUAUACUCAAAACUCAUAUUAAGUGACGUCUGUAUGUCAUAAUAUUCAGUCAUCUUGAGUUUUGAAACUGCUGUAACACAGAACACAAAUAGUAAUCUAAACAUAAAUAAAGUGAAAGAAAAGCUUAAAGUAGUGACUCUUAAUAAUUGGACAAGAAGAAAUCAAGAAAAAAAUGUAUAAAGAAUGUCGUCUCCGAGUUUGAACCAGAACCCAUGCCAAAGUCGCAUACACACACUUCAACAUACCCAUAACACAUACACAUAUAAAUGAAUUUGUACACUACUAUAUAAUAAGCUUCUUAUGAGCCAUUUGCUUAAAACAAUUCAAAACCUAAAAGAUCAUUUCUCCAAACUCUCUAACCUCAUACCUACUCUGUUCCAAUGGAUAUUACUUGGACAAGAGGACCAAUCAUCGGUCGAGGCUCCACCGCCACCGUCUCAACAGCAGUUUCAAACUCCGGUGAGAUGUUCGCCGUCAAAUCCGCCGACUUCUCUUCCUCGGCGUUCUUGCAAAACGAGCAAUCUAUUUUGUCUACAUUGAGCUCUCCACACAUAGUCAAGUACAUAGGCUCUGAUGUAACGCGUGAGAAGGAAGGAUUGGUUUACAAUCUCCUGAUGGAGUACGUUUCCGGCGGGAGUCUUCACGACUUAAUCAAAAACUCCGGCGGGAAGUUGCCGGAGCCGGCGAUCAGAUCAUACACGCGUCAGAUUCUCUGGGGUCUGAGUUAUCUUCACGAGAGAGGGAUUGUUCACUGCGACUUGAAGAGCCAGAACGUGCUCGUCGAAGAAAACGGCGUCGUAUGCAAAAUCGCUGACUUGGGUUGUGCUAAACCGGUUUUAAAGUCUGGAUUUUCCGGUACACCGGCGUUUAUGGCGCCAGAGGUUGCUCGCGGCGAAGAACAGAGGUUUCCGGCUGAUGUGUGGGCGUUAGGGUGUACGGUGAUCGAGAUGAUGACUGGGUCAAGCCCUUGGCAGGAGCUAAACGACGUCGUUGCUGCAAUGUAUAAGAUUGGAUUCUCCGGCGAGUCGCCGGAGAUUCCUGAGUUUAUAUCGGAGAAAGGUAAGGACUUUCUGGUGAGUUGUUUGGAGAAUGAUCCGAAACAGAGAUGGACGGUGGAAGAGUUGCUUAAACAUUCUUUCCUCGACGAAGACGAAGAGUCUCAUCUGCACAGUACGUGUUCUCCGAGCACUGUGUUGGAUCAACGGUUUUGGAACUCAUGCGAAGCCUCCGAAAGUCACUCGCUUUCGAUGGAUCACGAAGACCCUUUUGCUGAUUACUUGGAGUCCUGGGAUUUACCAGCUGAUCGGAUCAAGCAACUCGCCGGAGAUGAGUUUUCAAGCGUUCCGGAUUGGGAUACGGUAGGUGACGGCGAGUGGAUUCAAGUGAGAGGAGACGUUCUUGAAGAAACAGGGAAACGUGUCGGUUACGGUGACGAAGACGCGGUAUGCGUCGAGGAAACGUCGUCGUCGUCGCAAGAGAUUGAAGUAGUUGACGAAUGGAUAUCGGAUCAAGACAGCUUGUUCUCGGAAUAUUCUCUUGACGACGUCAUUACCAGUUUUUACUAUAAUGUUGCUAUUCGAGGAAAUGUUAUUGUAUUUUAUUAUUAUCGUGUUGGAGAUCAAAAUGUACCAAUAAAGAAAAUGUUUCGUUAUACCAAUGAGAAUAAGAAAAACAUUUAUCCGUCAAAUUGCAAGCUCUUUCUAAUUCACCAACCAAUUCUGAACAACCAUGUCCUAAUAAGUCAUAACAAAUAGUUUUUGAUUGCUCCAUGGAGAUAAAUAUAUGAUAUGCUUUUGAACGUUAAAGCUUGAACAUCUUUUAUCCGGUCAGGCUCAGCCAAACCUUUGAUAUCUAGAAGAUGGAAACUAAAAUCGACUUGAAUGGUUCUAAGUAAAGAAAAGUUCUCAUAAAACACAAAUCAAGCUAAUAAGGAUUGUCGGUCUAUGUUUCUGGUAACAUUUGUGAUCGUUACUAUUUAAAACUUUGUCUUUUUGGGAGGUUAAAAUACUAUUUUCAAAGCUCGAAACAGAAGUCUUUGCGUUCUUCUUGGAUGUCAAGUAACGAAGCAACUUUACAAUAUGAGAU